AUGGCAUCUGAUAGACAAUUAUUAGCUAGUGAUGUCAAUGAUAAUCAUUUAUUAGUAUGGAAUCAAUCAUGUGUAAACCCAGUUCCAGUCUAUACUGAUCAUACAAUAGCUGUUAAAGCUAUUGCAUGGAGUCCACAUCAACAAGGACUUUUAACGAGUGGUGGUGGAGCAGCUGAUGGAUAUAUUCGAUUUUGGAAUACAUUAACUGCACAAAAUUUACAAUCUAUUGAUGCUGGAUCUCAAAUGUGCAAUUUAGCUUGGUUAAAACAUUCGAAUGAACUCGUAUCAACGAUAAAUAAAGCUGGUUUAACAGGACAUACAUGUCGAUUAUUAUAUUUAGCUGUAUCGUCAGCUGGUGAAUUCAUUGUAACAGGUGCAGGUGAUGAAACAUUUCUAUUUUGGAAUGUAUUUACAAAAUGUCGUGCUAAUAAAGAAUCUGACAGUGUACUUAAUUUAACAAAACUCUAUAAAAAUCUUUAUUUUAGUCUUUUUUUUUCAUUUAUGUACAUGAACUGUCAUCUUCAAAUGUCAAACAGCAUCACUCAACAAGUAGAGCCUCAACGUAUUAUUAUUGUACCGAGUAUCGGACGUGUACUUGUACGAGAUUGUAAUUGGUAUGCAUGGCUUCAAGCUGUACUUGAACAGGAUCCAGCUGGUCCAUUUACUGUCACUAGCGAGAAUCCAUGUAUACUAUAA